AUGGCACCUAAAGGCAACAACUCGAUCGAUACUGAAGCCACAAGCAAAAAUGCGAUCCAACAGCCUGAGAACAAACCCGAGGCUGAGGUUAUGCAAAAUGUUGAUGUCGAAACGCUCGUCGAGCGUUGUCUCAAGUUAUCGCACUAUGCCAUAGGCAAACAAACAGACACCGCAGAUGUCCUACCUCCUCUGCUUCAGUGUCAAACUGCUUCAUUCAAUGAACACCAACAAAUAUUUGUGGGCAUUGCCGGAACUCCCGGCUCUGGAAAAUCCUUCAUAGCUCAUCAAGUUUGUGACGAAAUCAAUCGACGCAACCCGAAUGGUGAUGCCGAUGCGCCAGAGUGUGUCGUUGUUGGCAUGGACGGCUAUCACCAUACACGAAAACAGCUGAAAGAAAUGGCGGAAAGUGGCCACAAGUUUAAAGUGGAUCACCUUGAAGAUGGGAAAUUCAAAGUGAAAAAUGUAACAAUGGAAUAUGAGGAACUCAUGGCACGACGAGGUGCUGCUUUCACCUAUUGUCCCGACAGUUUCAUUCGUGAUUUGGGCAUUAUUAAGAAGACUGGGCAAGGCUCGUUUCCAGAGUAUAGUCGAGAGAAGCACGAUCCUGUACCUGAUGGGGUAAAAGUGCAGCCGUCCAAUAAGAUCAUAUUGGUGGAAGGAUUAUACCUCCUAUGUUUGAAUGAUCCAGACUGGCAACCCUUGAGAGAUUUAUGGGACGAUACUUGGCUCAUCGAUGUAUCAUUGCCAGAAACGAAACGCCGACUGGUAAAACGUCAUUUGAAAACAUGGGACGACAGGAAAACAGAGUACUGGGGUGGAGACGACGAGGCAGCAGCAACUCGUAAGGCCGAAGCAAACGAUCUCAUCAAUGCAAAAUGCAUUCAAGAGAACUCCAGAGACUUUGCCAAUCUGAUCAUCAAAAAUGAAACCAUUCCUGAAGACGAUUCCAACAAUGCAGAUUGCGAAGCAGCAUAA